AUGACAGAUCAAGACAACUAUCGCCCGCAAUCGCCCGAUCUUUCCGCCCUCCACUCCCCCAUCUCCCCCUCCGUCACCCAGUCCUACCAGUUCGCCAAUCCCCUGGCUCACCGCGCCUCCUACGACGCCUCGCCCUUCUUCACCCCGCAAUAUCAUCAACAGGCCUCCGCGCCCGCCCCGCUCCCCCGGGUGCCCCAACAAUACGUUCCGCCUCCCUUCCCCAGCUUCAGCUUCGAUUCCGACAUGGCGCGCCGAUCGUCGCGUCUCGCGCGCGCCGCCGAGGUGGCCCCCGUCGCUCCCGCACCACCCAUGCCCGAGCCGCAAUUCAUGGAGCCCAUACCCGCCCCAGCUCCAGCUCCAGCUCCAGCGCCCGUCGCGCUGCCCGAGGAGCCAUCGCUGCCUCAUCCCGUCGCCGCAGUCGAAGUCAAGACGAAAUUCCCCGUGGCGCGCAUCAAGCGCAUCAUGCAGGCCGAUGAAGAUGUGGGGAAAGUGGCCCAGGUUACCCCCAUCGCAGUCUCCAAAGCAUUGGAGCUCUUUAUGAUCUCCCUCGUCACCAAGGCCGCCAAGGAGGCCAAGGACCGCAACUCCAAACGCGUCACCGCAUCGCAUCUUAAACAGGCCGUGGCAAAAGACGAUGUGCUCGACUUCUUGGCCGAUAUCAUCGCUAAAGUGCCCGAUCAACCCACCAGCCGCAAACAUGAAGAUGACGGCAGCGAUCAGAACGAUCAACCCAAACGGAAGCGUGGUGGGCGGCGACCCAAGGAUGAAAGUGACUAA